AUGGCCGCCAACGAGGGAGACGGGACCGGAGCGGGCGCGGCGCCCACCGUCGUCGGGCUGGCGCUCGGCGGCUCCGAAUCCAGCGCCUACGUCCUCCAGUGGGCGCUCGCCAACUUCGCCAGGGACGACGCCGCGCCUCCCGCCUUCAAGCUCAUCCACGUCCUCACCCCGGUCCUGGCCGUGCCCACUCCAAUGGGGGGCCGCCUCCCGAUUGAUGAAGUCAAGUCCGCCGUCGUCGACGACUAUCUCGGAAAAAAGUGGAUCAAGAAGCAGCAGAUGCUGUUCCGCUGCAAAGACACAUGUGAUGAAAACAAGGUUGAAGCUCAAGUACUGCUUGUUGAGGGUAACGAUGUCGCGGAUACCAUUUCCAGUCUUGUUUCUCAGUACCAGAUACAGAUCCUCGUUGUCGGUAACUCUUCCAGCAUGAUCCCAUUCACUAGGAUGUCCAGUGCAAGUAGGAAGUCCUCCAAAAUCUGCAAGAGUGUCCCCAGCUUUUGCACAGCAUAUGUUGUUUCAAAGGAUGGAUUCUCUUCAGUUUAUGCUUCUGAAUCAGAAAGUGGCUCGCCCUCUGGCUCUCUAGUACCAAAAGGCAACUCCGGGAGCUCCGAGACCGAAGAAUUUAUAGACUCCUCAAUAUCAGAUUUGGAUGACAGUUCAGGGCGGGGCCUGUCUGGUUUUCCAAGCCUGCCACGCUCCAACCUGGCAUCAGAGAACCUCGAAAGUGUUUCAUCUGUUGAAGGUUUUAAUCUAUAUGAUUAUGUCACUGGAAAUGCAUCAGUAUAUGCCAACAAGGACAGAAGAAUUACCCCAUGCACUGGUGCUCAAAGCUCUAUAUCAAGUCAAUUUCAGGGUUCAGACAAGGUGCCAACAAAAGAAAGUUCACUGCUGGGAUUCAUGCUUUCAGACAACAAGGGUUCGGACAAGGUGCCAACAAAACAAAAAUCACUGCUGGGAUUAAUGCUUUCAGAGAACAAGGAUGAUAUCAGUACAGAGCUUGAAAAGCUGAAGCUUGAACUGGGACAUAUACAGGGAGCAUACAAACUCGUUCAGGAUGAGUUGGUCGAUGCAUCUCAUCAGGUGAAUGAAUUAGCUGCCAGGCGCAUGGAAGUGGAAGCUCAGUUAAGUGAGAUACAGGCCAGGGUGGAUAAGGCCAAUGACGAUGUACAGGAACAGAUGGCGCAGAGACUCCUCGCAGAGGAGGCAGCAACCCAAUUAAAGGAUCUUGUGAGGGCGGAGGUUAUGCAGAAAAAUAGGCUGCUGGCAAAGGCAUCCAAGGACGCUGAUAGGAAGGCGAGGCUGGAGAAGCUCCUCGUACUUCAAGGCGACUCGUACUCGACGUUCACUUGGGAAGAGAUUGAUAGCGCUACAGCAUCAUUCUCAGAGUCACUCAAGAUCGGAACUGGGUCUAAUGGAACGGUAUACAAGGGCCAUCUCAACCACUUGGAUGUAGCGAUAAAGGUCCUUCAUUCUAAUGACAGCUCCAGUACCAAGCAUUUCAACCAAGAGCUUGAGGUUCUGAGCAGGAUACGCCACCCACACUUGCUGAUGCUCCUGGGAGCCUGUCCGGACAAGGGCUGCUUGGUGUACGAGUACAUGGAGAACGGCAGCCUUGCGGAUCGUCUGCAGCGCAGAAAGGGCACACCAGCGAUCCCAUGGGUUGAUCGCUUCCGCAUUGCCUGGGAAAUUGCGUCAGCCCUGGUGUUCCUGCACAGCACAAAGCCCAGCCCAAUCAUCCACCGUGACCUCAAGCCUGAAAACGUGCUCCUCGACAGCAACCUAGUGAGCAAGAUUGGUGACGUGGGCCUGUCAACCCUGAUGCCGCACAAGGAGACUCUGUCAAACCGCACGGUGUACAAGAGGACGGGUCUGGCGGGCACGCUGUUUUACCUGGACCCGGAGUACCAGAGAAGCGGGCAGGUGUCGGUCAAGUCGGACACGUACGCGCUUGGCAUGGUGAUCCUUGAGCUGCUGACGGCCAGGCCACCGAUGGGGCUGCCUGAGCUGGUGGAGCGAGCAGUGGAAGACGGCCAGAUUACUGAUGUCUUGGACACGAGUGCAGGGGACUGGCCCGUGAAAGAAGCGCAUGAGCUUGCCCGGCUAGGGCUAAACUGUUUGGAGAUGCGGAGCAAGGACCGGCCCGACCUCAAGAGCGUGGUGGCGGUGGACCUGGAGCGGCUGAAGCAUAGCACGGCCGUGCCAGGCUUGGCCGGGCCGCCCAGCCACUUCAUGUGCCCAAUACUCAAGAAGGUGAUGAAGAAGCCGUGCCUGGCGGCGGACGGGUACUCGUACGAGCACGACGCGAUAGUGAUGUGGCUGUGCGACCAGAACACGUCGCCGGUGACCAAGGCGCAGCUGCGCGACAAGAAGCUGGUGCCUAACCUGUCUCUGAUGAGCGCCAUCGCGAGCUGGAUGGCCCAGGGGGGGAGGCCUUAUCUGAGUGAGUGA